CCCAGCCAGUUGAGUCCAGCCUGUAGUUAAUGCACUACACGGACUCGAGCGCCUCUCUUCGGGAGCGGACCCAGACUCGGAACCCCAUACGCUGGGACAGGUGACCCCGGGAGGGAAUGGUUCUUGCGGCCCGCUGCCGGGCCGGAGAUCCCGGGGGUCUUCUCGGGGGCGGUGUCCACGGGCUCCACAUACCCCUGCGGCAGAGGUUGCGGCCGCGCAGGGGUUAACGCGAGCCAAUCCUGGGCUGCGUGGUGACGUAACGGUUCAUAGCGCUCUUUCGGGUUACGCACUGGGCGGCGGGGUCUGGGGAUCUCUGAAGGCCAAUGGCGUGCGUCUAUGCAAAUGAGGGCGGAGCUGGAGAACGCGCCGCUGGUGGAGAAUUGGCCGCUCCGUGAGCAGCUUCCCCGUGAGUCCUCCCACCUUACCCUCCUCCAAUCGCAUCCUCCUCCUGUGUCCACAGUCCGCCCGCCGACCACCCCCGCCACGCGCGGGCCACGACUCCCCCCGCAGGGCCCGCCCACCGGUGCGGGGACGCCCGCGCGGCACCACCCCGAAGCCGAUGCCCACCCGGGAGGCCCCGCAGACCCGCGGCUCCCGGGGGAACUUGCAAACCCGCCCUCCUGGCCCUGGUCCCCCGCGACUGGUGCCUGGAGGCCUCGAACCCAGCGCGCCCCGCCCUCUGUGCCAGCCUCAGCCCGGAGCACACGGGACAAGGCCCAAGAAGAUUGUAUUUGAGGAUGAGCUGCCCUCCCGGACCCUCCUGGGCUCCAAGAAGUCUGUUAGAGCCGUCCCCGGGGGACAUGGGCCUAGGCCCCACCCCGUGCCUGACUAUGAGCUUAAGUAUCCACCAGUGAGCAACGAGAAGGAUCGGAGCCGCUAUGCUGCAGUGUUCCAGGACCAGUAUCCAGAGUUCUUGGAGCUUCAGCAGGAGGUGGGCUCUGCACAGGCAAAGCUCCAGCAGCUGGAGGCCCUGCUGAACUCACUGCCCCCACCCCGAAGCCAGAAGGAGGCCCAUGUUGCUGCCCGUGUCUGGAGGGAAUUUGAGAAGAAGCAGUUGGACCCCAGCUUCCUGGACAAGCAGGCUCGCUGCCACUACCUGAAGGGCAAACUAAGGCACCUCAAGACUCAGAUCCAGAAAUUCGAUGACCAGGGAGACAGCGAGGGCUCUGUGUACUUCUGAGUGUCCUGGCAAACAGGCAGAGGGAAACAUUGGAGUUGGGGUGCCACCCUGCCCUUGCUUCUCUUCCUACCUCCUGGCCUUAGCUCUUGCUAUUGCCCCGCCUGGGGUAGCCGUCCCUGAUUUCAGAUGCCUUCGCCCUUGAGGCUGAGAUCUGAUGGUCCCUCCUCCAGGAAGGCUUCUCAGGACCUCCUCCAGGACCCCCAGGGAGAUCCCAGAUCUCAGCCCAUCCCCUGGAAGAGGUCCUGCUCUUCAUCCCAGUGGAAUAAACACUUAUUAAAUACCGA